AUGGAGGCAGAGGGCCGGGUACCGGGGCCGCCGCUCCCCCCGCCUUCCCCCGGCGGCGGGCGAGGGGCCGAGGCCGACACCCUCGCGGGUGCCCCCGGCGCGGCCCGGGGGCCACGUCUCGCCGCCGCCGAGGUGCUGGCUUUGGACGAUGAGGAGGACGACCUGGAGGUGUUCAGCAAGGAUACAUCACUGGCUGAGGUAAAUUCAUUCAGUCCUUCAAUGCCAAUAUCCCCCUCAUCAAUGACAAACCAGUAUAAAUUUGACGAUGAACCAGAAUUAAGAGAUCUCUUCAUUACAGUCGAUGAUCCUGAAAGCCACAUUACAGCCAUUGAAACAUUUAUUACAUACAGAGUAGUCACAAAGACAUCUCGUGGUGAAUUUGACUCCAGUGAAUAUGAAGUUCGAAGACGAUAUCAGGAUUUCCUUUGGUUGAAGAGCAAACUUGAAGAAGCACAUCCGACACUGAUUAUUCCUCCAUUGCCUGAAAAAUUCAUAAUGAAAGGAAUGGUGGAACGAUUUAGUGAUGAAUUCAUUGAGACUCGAAGAAAAGCUUUACAUAAAUUUUUGAACCGUAUUGCUGAUCAUCCAACUUUAACUUUUAAUGAAGACUUCAAAAUUUUUCUUACUGCACAGGCCUGGGAACUCUCCUCACACAAGAAGCAGGGUCCCGGUUUGCUGAGCAGGAUGGGACAGACGGUCAGAGCUGUAGCAUCCUCAGUAAGAGGAGGAGUUAAAAAUCGUCCUGAAAUGUUUACAGAAAUGAAUGAUUACAUGGAAACAUUUAGUCAGAAAAUAAACGUACUAGACAAAAUAGCUCAUAGAAUUUACAAGGAAGAAAGGGAGUAUUUUAAUGAAAUGAAGGAAUACGGCCCCAUCCACACACUCUGGUCAGCAUCGGAAGAAGAUAUAGCGGACUCCCUAAAAGGUGUUGCCAGCUGCAUUGACAAGUGUUGCAAGGCUACAGAGAAGCGAAUGGCAGGGCUCUCAGAAAACCUGCUGCCAAUUUUACAUGAAUACGUUCUCUACAGUGAAAUUCUGAUGGGUGUUCUGAAAAGGAGAGACCAAAUUCAAGGCGAGCUCGACUCCAAAGUUGAUGCUUUAGCCAGUAAAAAGACAGAAAAGGAUCUGUUCUCAGAAGAGAUUGGGAAACUUGAAGACAAAGUCGAAUGUGCCAAUAAUGCUCUGAAAGCGGAUUGGGACAGGUGGAAGCAAAACAUGCAGUGUGAUAUGAGAUCAACAUUCACUAAUGUGGCUGAGAAUAAUCUCCAUUAUUAUGAAGAGUGCCUUGCUACAUGGGAGUCCUUCCUAGCAUCUCAAACAGUGGAUCUUCAUGUGGAAGAAGAUUCUGAAGAUAGACCUUGAGUAGUAUCUCUGUUUGAUCUCUGCCUUUUCUGUGCAGUUUCUCCCAACCAAAGAAGUGCUUUAUACAAGAUCAGAUACAUUAUUAAAUUUAACUGCUAAAAAUCAGUGAAAUGCAGGAAACCAGCUUAUUGAAAACUCAGGUAUUCUAGUCCUGAAAUACAUUUUGGAACAUGCUAUAUAUUGCUUUAUAUUGCUUAGCUGUGAUUUUACAUAUUUUUAUGCAAGUGUUUGCAUACAAUUGUUUUCAUAAGUAUUGCAUAAUUUGGAUAUAGAGUAUUUUAAAUAUGUAAAAAUAGCUCCAUUUUAAUAAA